CCUCUCUCCCCCUCCUGCUCCAGCUCCGGUAUGUCUCUCCGGUAGCCGGAGCUGGAGCACCGCAGUGCCCGGGACGGACCGAGGAGGAGCGGACGGAUACGGAGGAUGGCUGCGGGGGUUUAGGGGCACCGGAGAGGAGACCGGAGAGGAGACCGGGGAGGAGACCGGAGAGGAGACCGACAGCCAGCCCGCCUCCCGGUGUUCUGUUUCUGGACUACCGACGCACGACUCCGGUGUCGCGAUGAGCUCGUGCAGCAGCAGGGCCCUCACCAUCCUGUCCACGGUGUUCGGGGCCUGUGGGCUACUGCUGGUGGGCGUGGCCGUGUCCACAGACUACUGGCUCAUCAUGGUGGAGGGCGUCAUCCUGCAGCAGAACCAGAGCAUGGAGGUGAAGAUGGCGCUGCACUCGGGCCUGUGGAGGGUCUGCUUCGUGGCCGGAUCAGAAAACGGGAAAUGUGUGGCGUCAGAAUACUUCACCGAGCCCGAUAUUGAGAUCACGACGGAAAACACAGCGAACAUCCUGAAGAUGGUUCGGACCGCCACGCCCUUCCCCAUGGUGUCGCUGCUCUUCGUCUUCACCGCCUUCGUCAUCAGUAACAUCGGACACAUCCGUCCCCAGAGGACCAUCCUGGCCUUCGUCUCCGGCAUCUUCUUCAUCCUCUCAGGCCUCAGUCUGGUGGUGGGUCUGGUGCUCUACAUCUCCAGCAUCAACGACGAGGUGAUGAACCGACCCAGAGAACCCGAGCAGUUCUUCAACUACCACUACGGCUGGUCCUUCGCCUUCGCCGCCUCCUCCUUCCUGCUCAAAGAGGGUGCAGGUGUGAUGUCCGUCUACCUGUUCAUGAAGCGCUACGCUGAGGAGGAGAUGUACCGCCCCCACCCGGCCCUCUACCGCCCCCGCCUGUCCGAGAGCAGCGACUACAGCGGCCAGUUCCUCCACCCGGAGUCCUCCUGGCCUCCGCCCAAACGGCCCCGCAGCGCCUCCUCCGCCUCCAGCGACGUCUCCAUCCAGCUCACCCAGACGCCUCCGCCCAAACCCAGCCUCCAGCCGCUGCAGACCAGCCCGCCCUCCGCCUCCUCCUCCACCAGCUACCAGGCUGGGUCCCCCCCUCCACCCACACCCAGCCCCGGGCCCCACACCCCCAGGGCCCCCACCCCCAGGGCCCCCACCCCCAGGGCCCCCACCCCCCAGGGCCAGGCGCUGCCCCUCACCAGGCCUCCAUCACCCACACCUCCACCUCACUACCACACUCACAUGCACAUGAGCGCCUCCCCCUGCUAGGAGGGAGCAGAUGGAGAAGGAUGGAGGAGGAUGGACUUCUGGAGGAGACUGAACAUCUGGAGAUGGAGGAGGUGGAGAAGGAUGGAGGAGGAUGGACUUCUGGAGGAGACUGAACAUCUGGAGGGGGAGGAGGUGGAGAAGGAUGGAGGAGGAUGGACUUCUGGAGGAGACUGAACAUCUGGAGAUGGAGGAGAACAUCUGGAGGAGGAGAGUGAUCAUCUGGAGGAGACUGAACAUCUGGAGGGGGAGGAGGUGGAGGAGGUGGAGGAGGAUGGACUUCUGGAGUCCACCUCCAGAUGUUCAGUCUCCUCCUCUCCCUAUUAGGAGACAUCAGAUGGAGACUGAACAUCUGGAGCUGCUGGAGCUGCUGGAGAUGGAUCCACUGUGGAGAUGUUGGAGGUUUGAAGGGAAGCGAUCACACCAACUGCUGGUAGUUUUUUUUUUUUUUUUUAAAUAUUUUUAAUCCGAACGGUAAAAACGUUGAAUCUUCUCUCGUCUUUUCUGACUUUUCUGCAUCAUCAGUCCAGGUAGAAUUAUCAACACAAAUGACUCAGACAUGAAUAAAUGUGAAUAUCAGGAGGAGGACAGGAGCUGCUGAAGGUCUGUGACUCCAGGUCUGGAGCUGUGAACUGGAGGAGUGACGCCCUCUAGUGGUCCUGGACUGAACUCAGACAGGAUUAAAGACUGUUUAGAGACGAUUUAAAGCUUUUAGCUGCUGGUUUAUCUGAUCGUUCAGCAUUAAAAUAAUAACUACAGGCUGCUUUCUGAUUUUAGUUUAUUCUAACGUUUCUUAGAGCCGAAGGAUUUAACCCUGAAAGACCCAAAUACUGAAAAAUAAUCAGCAAAAUGUAAGAAAAGAAAUCAAUUUUUUUUAAAAAUAACUAUGAUGAUAGUGCACACACACACACACACACACACACACACACACACACACACACACACACACACACACACACACACACACACACAUAUAUAUAGUUUUCUAUAUUUUAUACAUAGAGGAAACAAGCAAUAAAUACAUAAAAAAUAUUUGAAAAAGCUGAUGUGUUUUUGGGUUUUCCAGGGUUCAGGAGAAUCUAGAGAUGCUUCACAUCAACACCUGCUUGAAUUAAAUCAAACUGAAUUAUUUAAGUCUCAUUUUUUAAAAUAAUCUGUUGUUAUUUGGUGCCUAGUUUUAGUCUACAAAUGUUUUUUUUCUUAAUUAUCUGAGAAAAAAUAGAUAAAAACUAUAAUAUUGAAGUUUUUCAAAGGUUUAGAGCCGCAAACAAAAGAUUAUUUUGAUUAUUUUGAAGAUUACAUGUCUGUUAUUAUUUUUACCAAAUCCCAACAUUCAAAUGUUUCUGUUUCUGAAUAAUUUGGAAAAAAUUGAAAAAAAUAUUAUAUUGAUCCGUUUCAGUGUCUUUAGAGCUGUAAACAACAAUAAAUGUUCAGUUUUCUGUCAGAUCAGACAAAGAAAAGCACAAAAUGAUCUCAUUUUAGAUUCCAGAACCAAAAGAAAAAUGUUUAAAAGUCCUUUAUUAUUUGUUCUAAAGCAAUUUAAACCCCAAAAUAUUCAGUUUGCUGUCAGAAAAGACAAAAUAAUACAGUUUUAAAAAUCUUUAAAUAUCUGUUAUAAUUCUUUCAAUUUUAAAUAUUUGUUUCUGAAUAAUUUUGAAAAAACUGCAAAAAGAUAUAAUAUUUAUAUUUUCCAGACUCUAAUAAUAAAAAAUAAAUCUUUUUCUUUUUCCAGAGGAGAAUAAAACCCCAAAAUAUUCACUUUGCUGCCAGAUGACAAAAGAAGCACAAAAUUAUUUCCUUUUAAAUGCCAGAACAAAAACCAAUAAUUUUAAAAGUCCUUUAUUAUUUUUACAAAUGUUCAGUUUUCUCUCCAAAGAAAAGCAGAAAAACCCUCUCAGUUUAGAAUUUUUCCUUUAAAUGUUUCUCAUUCUGGAUUAUCUGGAAAAUAAAAAGCGGGAUUAUUUCAGCUGCCGACUGAUCUGUGAGUCGACGAAACGUGAAAAAAUCUGUAAAAAAACCCACAAAUAUUCAGUUUAUGAUCCAAAGUAAAGCACAAAAUCCUCCAGUUUUAGAAACCAGAAGCAAAAAAAUGUCAGUUUUCUAUCAGAUGAAACAAAAUAAAGCAGAAAAUCAUGUAUAUUUAGAAGUCAGAACCAGAAAACAGUUUGAAAUUUAGUUUGAAAAAUGACAAAAAAUUGAUUUAAAAAUGCAUUUCCUGUUAAUAAAUUGAUCAAUUUUCUGACUCCAUGCUAUAAAAUGGUGAAAAAAUCUGUUGUUUUUCUGUCAAAGUAGAUUGAAACCAAAAAAUUAUUUAGUUUAUUCUCUAAAGUAAAGCACAAAAUCCUCCAGUUUUAGAAGCCAGAAGCAAAAAAUGAUGUAUUUCAACCUAAAACAUGUCACUUUUCUAUCAAAUCAGAAAAAAUCAAUCAUAAAAUCAUCUUUUUAGAAAGGCAGAACACAAAAAUCUAUGUUUA